GGAUCAGAAUUUCGUCACCCCAAUCCUAUACCAAUAUCUAUGGCACUCAGAACAACCGCACAAAAACGAUUGCUUAAGGAGUAUCAACAAUUGUGCAAAGACCCACCUCCUGGGAUCGUGGCCGGACCUGUUUCUGAAGAUGACUUGUUCAUCUGGGAAUGUCUCCUCGAAGGUCCUUCAGGAACUCCAUAUGAACAUGGGGUUUUCCCGGCCACGUUAAAAUUCCCCAAAGACUAUCCGUUGGCGCCUCCAAUAUUACAGUUUGAUCCUCCGCUAUUGCAUCCUAACAUUUAUGCUGACGGGACAGUGUGUAUUUCCAUUUUACAUGCUCCUGGAGAAGAUCCUAAUCGAUACGAAAGACCCGAAGAAAGAUGGUCUCCAGUACAGAGUAUAGAGAAGAUUCUAUUGAGCGUAAUGCUGAUGUUAGCUGAGCCUAACCCUGAAAGUGGUGCUAAUAUUGAUGCCUGUAAGCUCUGGAGAGAUAAUCGACAGGAAUAUGACCGUCAAGUAAGACAGCAUGUCCAGAAAUCCUUGGGACUAUAGAUGUACGUCUGUGUAGUAUUAUAGAUACGAGCGAAAUUUGCUACAACCAUUGCGGAGUGCCAAUUCCGUAUAUUGAUAUGCUUGUAAUCUGGGGCCAU